AUGAGCUCUUCGUGUCUGAUUCGACGCUCCAUUUCUCCACUGAUCGUCGCUCGUGUACGCACAUGUGCAUCUCUAUAUCGCUCACCAAGUCUGUUAUCAUCUUCACUGGACCCUUUCAGUGCGUCUCGCUCUCGAUUCGCUGUCUACGCGUCGCCUUGUUCUUUACUGCUGUCUCGAUCUGAUUCCAUCCUCAAUAGAAACGUUUCUACUGUGCUGUUUCUACCAUCGAAACGUUUCUAUUCAAGUGCAAAAAACCCAUGGCAAAAGGAUUCUAAUUGGAAAUCUACGUUAAAAACGGGAGGGUUAGUGUUAUUGGGUACAGGAGCACUUCUUGUGUCCACAUCAUUAGCUUUUGGUCUACUUAUUGCUGGAGCUGCUGGGUUUGGAGUGUAUACUGUAUACCAGCGAUUUUUCAGACCCUAUCGAUCCUAUUUUCGAUCAAGUGAUCCAUUUCGACAUGUGAAUUCCAAUAUUGAGACACUAAACGACUUGUUUAGUCGUCAUCGACGUGACAAGUUGACAGGACAAGAGGAUUUGAACUCGCUGGUACAGGGACUGCCUUUAAUUGUACGAGGUGUUGUCAAGACGAUGUUUUCAUUUGUGGGAAAAAUGAUGCAGAGCUCAAUGGAACGAGCAGGUGAAUUACGACGACGAGCUACUGAACAUUUGCAACGGAGUAAACAAGUACGGGAUGAAUUGGGAGACAAUGUUAGUGUUGGUGGACCAGAGCAGUGGAUGGAGUCGACUAUGAAUGGUGCUGGACAUGUUGAAGCAGUUUUUCCAGUCAAUGGGACGUACAGCUCUGCACGGGUGACGGUGAAGGCUUCGAUUGAUCAAGAAGGGAACUUGAAUCUGACAGAGCUCAAGUAUUGCAAUCGCCAAACGGGGGACACGGUUGAUUUGUUACGUGAUUCAUCUAUUGGAGGUCGUAAGAAGACCGUUAUUGAUGCAGAGUUUGUCGAUUUGAAUGACAAGAACGGUCGAUCACGUUGGUGA